AUGGUGGACGGGUGGAGUUGCUGGAUCCAGCAGCAUGAAGAAAGCAGCUGCUCGGCCAUAUGUCUUGAAUGGUGGUCAUACGAUUUGCUCGCUCUGCUUUCUGGGAUCUUGCCAAAUCCAGCACUUGAAACUUCUGUGCUUUCUAUAUGCAUAUCUACAAUAGUGUUGGUGUACAAUCUCCCAUAUGGCAUCGGAACAGCUGCAUGCGUGCGUGUGUCAAAUGAGCUAGGUGCAGGGAACCCAGAAGGUGCCCACUCAGUAGUAUGUGUUGCCUUAUCCGUCAUAAUUUGGUCGGCAGUCCUAGUGAGCGUAACUCUUCUAUCGUUGCACCAUUUCAUUGGAAUUGCUUUUAGCAAUGAGGAGGACGCUAUAAAUUAUGUCACCAGAAUGGUACCGUUACUUUCGAUUUCAGUUCUUACAGACAACCUCCAAGGAGUCCUUUCAGGUGUUUCUAGGGGCUGUGGAUGGCAACAUUUAGGCGCCUAUGUUAACCUUGGCUCAUUCUAUCUUGUUGGUAUUCCUGUGGCUCUUGUUCUCGGUUUUGCAUUGCAUCUAGGAGGAGUUGGGUUUUGGAUUGGCAUGAUAGCUGCUGGAGCCACGCAGGUCGCUCUACUAACAACCAUCACUGCAACGACAAACUGGGGGAAGAUGGUAGAUCAGGCUAGAGAUAGAGUGCUGGAGGAAAGACUUCCGACACAGGCAGCUUGAUUGCGUCGACUUAAAUUAUGUCUGAAUCUAUCUCCAAAUUCCUGCUGCACUCUAGGUGAUUUUGAAAGAGGUGUUCAUGCUCCACGGAUCUGUAAAAACAAACGUCAUGAA